GCCGAUUCACAAGUUCCAAUCGUUGCAUUGUACAAUUUAUCGAAACGAAUCAAUUUGCAUCAGUGGGCACGAUGAUCGCUGCUUUUUGGUUACCUUUAACGAUCAUGAUUUUUCUUUAUUCUCGAGUUUAUUGCGAAACAAGGAAACGACAAAAAGACAUGUCACUGUUGCAAGCCGGCCAGGUAACAAAUUAGUG